CAAGCAUCUUUCAAAUGUUUUGUGGUUUGGUUUUUUUUUUGUUUGCCCUGUAGGUUGGGGAACAUGGCUGCGAAGAAACUAAGACGAGCAAGGUUGUCUCAAGAGCUCUGUGAAAGGCUGAGUCGCCAUCAGAUCACUACCUGUCAGGACUUUUUAUGUCUUUCCCUCUUGGAGCUAAUGAAAGUGACAGGACAGAGCUACUACGAUGUGCAGAAACUUCUGUGUCAAGUCAGCCGAGCUUGUGCUCCCAAAAUGCAGACAGCUUAUGAAAUGAAACUGAAGAAGUCUGUCAACCCCUCCUCAGCUUUUUUAUCCACCACGCUGCACAGUUUGGAUAAAGUCUUGCAUGGGGGGGUGCCCUGUGGAUCCCUCACUGAGAUAACUAGCCCACCAGGUUGUGGUAAAACUCAAUUUUGUAUUAUGAUGAGUGUUCUGGCUACACUGCCUGUAAGCAUGGGAGGACUAGAUGGAGCUGUUAUAUACAUUGACACAGAGUCUGCAUUCAGUGCUGAAAGGUGA